UUUUUUAAUUUAUUUCCUUUCAGUUCCGGUCCUUCCCUGUGCGAGGGAGAUGCCAUUUUCGUUUACCCCUGCGGACGCCAAGAGAGUCCUUCAGAUCAUCGUAUCAACAAAGGAUUAUAAUGUUUUCAGGGUUUAGGAUAAUAAUUAUGAAAGGCCGGACUCAUCGGGCUGAUCCCCACGACGACUGGGGAGACGAUUCAUGGACGGUGGACUGCAUCUGCGGCGUCAAUUUCGAUGACGGUGAAGAGAUGGUGAAGUGCGACGAGUGCGGUGUAUGGGUGCACACGCGUUGCUCGCGUUACACCAAGGGAGAAGAAUUGUUUGCCUGUGACAAGUGCAAGAGCAAGAGCAACCGUAACGACACCGAGGAAACGGAGGUGGCACAAUUGCUGGUUGAACUGCCUACAAAAACGGUUAGGAUAGAGAGUAGUUAUGUGGGCCAUGUGCCUCCCCCACGGCCCUUUAGGCUUUGGACUGAUAUCCCCAUGGAAGAGCGUGUUCAUGUUCAAGGGGUUCCGGGAGGGGAACCUGGUUUGGUUGGAGGGUUGUCUGGGGUUUUUACGCCGCAGUUAUGGAAAUGUACAGGGUACGUGCCUAAAAAGUUUAAUUUCCAGUAUAGGGAAUUCCCAUGUUGGGAUGAGAAAAAAGAAGAUGAUAGUAAAAAUGGUAAGCAAAUUGAGAUUGAGAAUGGGAAUCUGGUUGAUGGUGGUGCUGGAGUUCUGUUUUCCUUGUCCAAGGAGAGGGUGUUUGGUGCUCCAAUGUCUCCGAAUAAGGAUGCUUUAAAUGAAGGGAAGAAGAGUGAUGAUGAGGAUUUGGAUGGAAAACGUUGGCAGAAUGGGGCAAGGGAGGACAAGGGUGUUCUUCAGCCUGUUGUGGUACCCUCCAGUAAGCAGAAGAAAGACGACCUUGGGGGGUCCAAAGAUAAGAGUGCAAAGAAGAAGGCUAGAAAUGCUGCUGAGAAAGAAGCUUACGAAAAUAAGAGAGCUGUACAGUCCCAUAAGACAGUGUUUAGACCCAGCAGUGAUGCAAAACAAUUGGAAUUUUAUGAAGACAGAGGUCCGAAGUUUUUCAAGACUCAUGUUCAAAGUGUAAAGAACAAAAAUUUGAAAGACAAUUUGCUUCAAGAACACACAUCAGAUGGUAGCCUUGCAUUGAACCUUGUAGUUGAAAGGCCUAAGAACGACCUAGGGGAAAGGGAGUGUACCUCAGAGGUCUCAAUUCCUGGCAUGUCUGGACAUGAUUGUCCAAUUAGAAUUGAAGCAAAGGAUGAGAAAGCUGACCAUCAAUUUCCCACGGCUAUGAAGACCUCCGCAAAAUCUGAGGAUCUUGUUGCAUUGCCAUUAGAGCACAAAUAUCUUGGGAUAACUCCUGAUAAAGAAGUGGGUGAUAGCAUGGCAGUUGACAAAGGAGAUGGUGGUGUAGAAGGUUCUAAAAGAAGUCCUCAGGAGUAUCUGGUUAACAAUUUGGCUAGUACUGCCCUGGGAGUUCAGGGCAAUCAGAUUCUUAAAGAUUCUAAUUGCAUCAUGUCUCACAGUUUUGUUAAACCUGAUAUCGAGGUUAAAAGAGAAAUGAAUGAUGAUGAUGACUCUAAGGUUGUUUUAACUGCUGAACCUUCUCCUCCUGAUGAUACUAAAAAUAUAGAGACAUCUUUCCAUCAGACAUCAGAGACUUCCCAAAUGAAUGAUGCGGUCGGAGGCAGUUCACAAUUUUCUGACAGUAAGGUGAAGGUCAUUGAGUCAGAUAUUGUUGCUGAUUGUGGUUCUGAUAAAGCUAACAAGUUGUCUGGUGAUUGUUCGAUGCUAAAACGUGAUUUGGAGGGUUUAGAAGUUCCUGAGUUGGUGCAGAAAAGUUCUUCAGAAUCCAACCAUGUUCCUGGAUCUGCUGAAGAGCCUAAACCAAGUGCAAAUGUUGUAACCUCUGAAGAACAGUCUAUCCAGCGUAAAAUGGUAGUAUGUGUUGGAAAGUCACCUUCUACUUCAUCUGUUGCCAUAAUCCCCGUGUCAUCUAUUCCUGAUAACUCUAAACGUACAGAUACUCAGAAUUGUAAUCCUAGCACGGAGCAGCGGGUAAUGCCUGAUAAUAAUGUGAGCAUUAAGAAUGAUCAUGCUGCAAGUGAUGUACCUAGGGAUGAAGACAGACAUGACAUAUCUCGGAAGGCAGUAAAAGAGCGUCUAAAAUCCUCUGUUAGUUCUACUUCAAAAGUCUCACACCAAAGCAGGAUUUCACAUACUUCCAUUUCUAAAAGAACCAUAUCUGAAUCAAAAGAUUCUGUACCUUACUCAUCUUUAAAGGCAUCUUUGGUGCAGAAUACUUCAGCUACCUCAGUCUCUGGCGAGUCUGCUGGCUCACUGCAAAUUCAGUCUGCUUUGCAUGUCCAACAACAUAAGACAUCAGCUUCAUGUUUCCCACAGAAAAGUGAGAAGUUCAAUCAGUCAAGUACUAAGGUUACCCAUGCAUCAGCAGCGCAUCCUUUUGCACCAUCCAUUUCCCCUACUCUGAGUGAUGAAGAGCUUGCUUUACUUUUGCAUCAAGAACUUAAUAGUUCACCAAGAGUACCCCGUGUCCCACGUGUGUGGCAUGCUGGUAGCUUUCCUCAGCUGGCAUCUGCUACUGCAACAAGCAUGCUAAUAAAGCGCACAUCUAGCUCCGGAGGAAAGGAUCACAGUUUGGUUCCUAGAAGAAAAAAUAAGGAUGCAUCUAAAGAUGGCUCCCGUGUUUCUCGUGAUCUUGAUCAUGAGGCUAAAAGGACUGAUAAAGUGCCAUCUUCACCUGAUCAGGGUAAAGAUAUUGGAUCUGCCAUUCAUGCUUCUGCUAAAAGGGAUUGCAAGAACAUAUCUUCCGCGCCUACCACAACCACAAAUAGUGGCCCUUCUUCUUCCACUGAAGUUCAUGAUCAAAAUUUGUCAUCUAUUCGCAGUUCACCUAGGAAUUUAUCUGACGAUGACACAGGCACAAUUCCUGGUUCUAUACCUCGUACUUUACCUGGCUUGAUAAAUGAGAUUAUGAGCAAAGGCAGGCGAACGACAUAUGAAGAACUUUGUAAUUCAGUGCUGCCGCACUGGCCUAACUUGAGGAAACAUAAUGGAGAACGCUAUGCAUAUUCUAGUCAUUCUCAAGCUGUUCUUGAUUGCCUAAGAAAUCGACAAGAAUGGGCUCAGUUAGUUGAUCGUGGCCCCAAGCAGACUAAUUCAAGUAGGAAAAGGCGCAAGGCUGAUCCUGAAGAAUCAGAGGAUAAUGAAUGCUGCAAGGGAAGAAGUAGGAAGGAGGUAGAAAGCAAAAGCCUCGAGUCACAGAAAGAAGAGUUUCCCAAGGGCAAACGGAAAGCAAGGAAGCGAAGGCGACUGGCUUUGCAAGGAAGAGGAAUAAAAGAUGUCCAAAGGAGAAGGAAGACAGAUUUCAGUGAUGAUGAUGCUGGGCCCUUCUCUAAUUCCAGUGAGGAGAGCAUGUUCAGUGAGGAUGAGAUCCAAGGUGGCACAGCUUGUCCCGUGGGAAGCGAGGCCUCAGCCAGCUCAGAUGAGACCAUGUAACUUGAGGCGUAUCGAUUCUUGGUUUCAACUGAUUUCCGGAGAUGAGGAAAUGGAUUCAGUUUUAACAUUUGGACAGUGGUCUUCUUGUGUUUGCUGAUAGUGAGUCCAUCUUCCAUGCGCGGAUCUUUUGAGAUGAUUCUCUGUAUGCAGUGACUCCACUUUUUGUGCGGCAAUGGGUCAAUAAUACCACACCAGCGAUUCGCUAUUGGCUUUGAAGAGUUGCUAGGCCUGCUGAGUGAGUGGUAGUGCCGGUUGUUCUUGUGCUCCGAUUAGUAAAUGUAAAACUAGUGUGGAUAGACUUAUUUUUUGGUACUAUUACGUGCCUACAACAAGUUUCAAGAAAAGUCUUAGUAAUCUGAGAUUACAUUUUACACGAACAAGUAAAAGCUACCAUCACAAUUAUAUAUAUUACAAUGUGUUCGUAAUAACCAAUGA